AUGGUUGUUUCUCUCACGCUGUCGGUGAGGUGCCCGCGCCGCCCGCGCCACCUGCAUCUGUGCCUUGCGACCUACCUGGGUUGCCUCGCGACAGCGCAGGCAUGGCAGCAGGAGAGCUCACUGCCCGGUCUCGCCCCGUGGUAUUGUCCACCCAUAGGCUUCGAAGAAGGCGCUUGUGUGCGGAAGCACCGCUUCGGCCAGGCUCCAUUGUACAUGGAAAGCUCGAUCGUGCCUCUUUCGGUGAAGGUUGUGCUGGCAGUGGUGCAGGAGCCAGUCGGAGAGCACGUUUCUGGAUUGGCUCAAAUAUUGCUCUCAAAAAUCGAGGCCAUCAGGCUCAUAACAUGCACCGGACGAUUCAGCGACUGUUACCACCAGGGAGUGGUGGAUCAGACUAUGGCCGAACUGUGUUCAUACAUCGCUGGUCUUCAAGGUCGCUUAAGCUCACUCGGAGGUGAUGACGACAAUCUUUGUGAGGCGCUGUUUCGACAUGGAGAUGGCGCAGCAAUGCUGCGGGCCAUUGCAGUGCCACUGCAGAAGUUUGUUGAAGUUGCCUUACCCAGAGCGGCACCUCCUGUCCUUGGCAACUUUGGCUCUCGAUUCAACUUUGAGUACUUCUUUGCUGAAAGAGCGAAGGCAGUGCUCGAACGUGGAGGUUUGCUCCAACAAGUGCGGCUCUCGUAUCCGCCUAUGUUCAGCCCCGGGGGCAUAUGCUCCGUGGACGACCACGAUGAUACAACGCAGAGCAUCGGCCCUGAUGUCGCAGCAGUCUUGGCGAAGCUUCGACAAGCCAAGGUCGGCCUGUCUAACUUUGUGAUCAAUUUUGGGGCGGCCGACGGUGAGUGUGGCUCCGACGAGGAUUGGAACGCCGACCCUGCAAAUUGCCUGACAAGUGAAGGCUUCUCGGCAAUUGUCGUUGAAGGAGAUCAAAAGUUCUUUGACACUUUGCGACGUCGAUAUGGAGAUCGGACUGAUGUGUCCAUGAUCCUGCAGUUCCUGCCAUUGGACAAUGUGACUGACCUGCUGGCAGAUCAGCUGAGUUCGAUGCCGACAGCAUCUUCGUCGCCCGAUCUAUUGAAGGUGGAUGUUGAUCAUGCCGAUUGCUUGUUCAUGCGCGAGGCUCUGCGCGUCGUUCAGCCGAAAGUUAUCCAUGUGGAAUACAUGCCGCAGGCACCUCCGCCGCUUGAAUAUGUACAGCAUUACCAGAGUGCGCUGCUCAAGGUGGACCUACAUGGCAGGGCUGAGCCGCUCCUUCUCCAGGAGAGGCUCUGGAAGCCAUCUGCGCAGUUUGUUUGGUCAGAACAACAACUGCAAAAGAAAAUGCCAGUUGAUGAAGAAACAGGUGGGCACAGAGAGCGACAUCCAGCCGGAAGUGGUCGUGAGAUGACCGGAUGUUCUUUGUCCGCAUUCCUGGUUCAUGCGCCAGGCUACAGCUUGCUGGCUGCUGGAGAUGAAGAAGCCGUUCUUUUGAGGGACGACCUGCAGCCACUUGUGGGUAGGCAGCCGGAUGCGUUCGAUGCUUGGCUGCGAGGGUCUUUCUGCAACCCUCGUAGAAUGACCAACGCGCCUGACUAUGCUACGUGGGGAUUCGACUUUCGCGUCUUGGCAGACCUGACCCUGUCUGCAUCGGCGCGGCUCCAGCAGCUGAACCAGCUUCUGAAGGCCCACGGAGCUCAUGCCUUUUCGCUGACAGCCAGGGUAGAAUCCUGA